AUGGCAGCAGAAGGGAUUCAGUCCGUGCUGUCGACGCGCUUUGCGGAGGCAGAAGGCGAGCUGCGCAAGUCCUUGGAUCAGAUCCAGCUCCAGGUGCAGCAGCUCCAGAAUGGCAUCGAGUCGGACCUUCUUCGGCUCCACGAAAGUCGGUCCGAGGAGCUGCAGGACUUGUCUGCAAACCAUGGCGGCAACGAGUCGAACGAAAUAAACGGCUUUAGCGGUGAAGAACUAGCGGAUACCUGGCUUCUCGAAGACGACGUGCAGCAGCUACCAGGCGAAGAAGGCUUUGGAAAGGUGCUUCCUGUGGGAGCUUUGGUUUUGCAGCAGACGGCCGAGAUUCAGAAUGGGAGGUCGCAGAAAUUGAAUCUGCGCCUGAACCACCAUCUCAUGGAGCUUUCCAUGAAAGCUGGAGAGGCCGUUGGAAACUCCGGGAGGGAACGAUGGAGGAACGCACUCGAGAUCACUCGCACAAGAUCGUCGACAAAGACUUACAGUAGUGAGUUUGAGCGGUGUGAGUCUUGCACUAUCAUCCCUCCCAAUUCCAAGUUUCGGAUUGCUUGGGACAUGGCGAGUGCCGGCAUGAUCCUGAUGGACGCCUUCCUCCUCCCCAUAUGCCUUGCGUGGAACCUCACGCUGACGCCUUUUCCAACUCCCAAUGUUGCCACCCAUGUUGGCCUGCACGUUUUUGCAUCGGUUUCUUUAGUUUUCUGGCCGAUUGACAUUUACUUGAGUUUUACCACUGGCUUCUUCGUGCAAGGCGUCCUUCAAACAGCGCGUUCCGCGAUCGCCGCGCGGUACCUGCACACAUGGUUCGUCUUUGACCUUGGCCUGGUGGCGAUCGACGUUUCGGCCGGGUUCAUGAUGCUACUCGAGGAGGAGAACCAGUCUCAAGAAUUUCUGCAAUCCCUUCGCUCAGCCCGGUAUCUUCGUCUGUUGCGAACGCUUCGCAUUCUCCGGCUGUUGAAGGCCGGAAAGAUCAAUCUGUUGCUGGAGAACCUCGUGAUCUCUACUGGCCGCCAGUGGCUCAUCCUUGCCUUCACAGUUGGGCGGAUGUUGCUAGCCAUUGGGAUGAUUGCCCACAUUAUGGCCUGCAUCUGGUUUGGCCUCGGGAAGGCGGUUACCGAGACGAGUGACAUCGACAGUUGGAUCGAACUGGCUUUAAUCACGAACUCUACCGGGUACGUGCAGUAUGUCCAUUCCAUCGGAUGGAUUCUGUUGCCUCCAGCGCCGCCCACGCUCGAACCAGACAGUGGCUUGGAGCACUUUGUCUCCCUGAUGCUUUUUGUGACAACAGUUUUGGUGAUUGGGUCGGCGCUGUCGAUCUUGACCGGAACUCUCCAAGAGAUUCGCCAGGUUAACAACGAACGCAGCAGAAAGCGCCGCGAGUUGCGCAUUUUUCUCCAGACCAAAGCCGUCCCAACAGAGCUUCUCAUGCGCAUCAUGAGCUAUGCAGACUACAAGAUGGCGCGGCAGUCUCCGAUUGUCUAUGACAACGCCCUCAUCUCGCCGAUGUUGCAAGCAGAGCUUGCCACCUUCCAAUUCGGAAGCAACCUGACCGAGCAUCCUUUCUUCUCGCUCACAGCCAGCAUCUUCCCGACAAUCUUCGCGGAGUUCUGCAGUGCAUUGCAGAAACGUUUCUACAGUGAGGCCGAGUCCGUCUUCAGCAUGGGCUCAAUCGCUGAGAUGAUGUACGUCACAAGCCAUGGCGAGUAUGCAUUAGGUGUCGACGAAGGCAGCAAGCAAGUGGUCCGUUUCUCGGGUGCCCACCGCUACUUCGCGGAGGUCGCACUCUAUGCAGAAGCUGUGAUGCACGUGUGUACUCUCACCGCUGAGUCCUUCGCUGAAGUUUUUGUGCUUUCUUCAACAUCACUGGCGAGUCUGCUGGCCAACUCGCCAAUGUGUACCACCAUGUUUAUCGAGUAUGCCAACGAGUACAUUUCGCAAUAUGCUGAAGCAACUCGGGACCUGUGGGUUUCGGACAUCCUGGACCUUGACAUUGGAUGUGCUAAGAAAGCGUGCCAUGUCAACUCGUUCUACAUGGACAUGAAUGUUGAUGAGCGAAAGAUCCUCAGGGUGAUAGACCUGACCGAGCUGCAGGACACCCGCGCCUUGAUGCCGAUGGAUUUCAUGCACUGGAUAUUGGAGUCAGCAGACAAGCCGUCGCCGCAGGAGAUCCUCGACAAGUUGCGCACGGCUUUCGUGGAGCUCGACCCGACUCACGGCCUUCACGCCAGGUUUGGAGAGAUGAAGGAGCAGGAAAGGGUGGAGUCCUCGAUCUUGAGCCUGCUGGCCUUGGUGCGCAACGAUUACGAGGCUUUCGCUGCACCACAGAAGGCGGAAGUUCGCAUGACCAAAUCGCAGUGGCAACAGCUUCAAGGCGUCCUGUCGUGGGCAGCUCCUCAAAAGCAGAGCUUGCUGGCCGUUAUUUGGCUUCUGGCGGUGCGCCCUGUGGGCAAAUACAGGCCAAUUGUUCGCCAGCUGCCCGCGAAACAUCAGCGCCCGGAGCAAGCUGUGCGCUACAUUCUGGCUGCAUACCCGGAUGCAACUCCAUUGGGAGCCACUCUGUCAGCGGAGAUACGGACCUACGUGACCCAGACACUGGACCUGCAAGUGUGCUUCAACUUUGCACAAAUGCUUCAGGGUGAGAAUGUGCCAGCCAACCUGCUUCAGCUCAAGGACUUCAUUCGAGAUUGUGGUAGUGAAGAAGGUCUGCAAUUUUAUGUACUCUUUCUGCUGGGAUUCAUGUCCGGCUUGGCCGGUGGGCAGGGCUCCCGCUUCAUGACACGGACAAACGCGAACGCAACAAUCCCUGGGCUUUCAGUCAUCAAGAGGGUGCUGGAGAAGGACCCUACGAAACUUUACUGGACCUUCCUCCACAACCGUGGAGUUCAAUUGGGGCGGAUGCCUCGCAAUACCGCAGACUUGGCAGUGGUGCGGUUUGCAUGCUUAUGCCGAGCUCAAUCUGUGAAGGACCUCGAAGAGCUCCAGAAGUCCUGGAGUGGUCUGGAGCGCUCGGAGCAGAGGGUGCUGCUGCAACACUUCCUGGCAGAUGGGAUCGAGAAUCGGGCCGUGGUCUUCGAGUUCCUUCCGCUGUGCCUGGAGCGUGCAAAGGCGAAUGCUUUCGUGACCAUCCCUGCGCUCUUGAAGGUCCUGGUCGAGCUCGUGCGCGCAGUUCAUGCGACAUAUACAGACUCAGGCAUGAUUCUGGCUGUGGACCUGGCUGACCUGGCAGCUUUCAUCCUGAUGGUGCAAAACAGCUACAUUUUCCAGACGUGCUUAUCAAGGGCAAGGCUCCGCCUAGCGGAUAAUCGAUUCUCUCUGGAGGUGCAGCAGGAGAACUGGCGCCGGGUGAGCCUCAGUUUUGCCAGCCUUGAAGCAGAACUGCAGACUGCCUUCGGGGACAUCCGGAAGCAGGUGGGUCUGGCGCACAAAGCCAUCGAGUCCGACCUGGUUCGACAUCUCGAGCAAAGCCAUGGGAGCGUGGAGGUGCCAUCAGCAAGUCCUCUGCUGGCGGCAGAGGUAUCUCCGCUGGACUCCUGGAUAUUGAAAGACACAGGAAUUACGAUGACAAUGACCGUGUCCGAUACUCCUGGGCCAAAAGAGAGCACCAUGUCGGUGGGAGCUCUGGUGCUACAGCAAACAGCAGCAGCUUUGCAAGAAGGAGCAUCGGCACAACCGCACUUUCGGCUGAAUAGCCAUCUGAUGGAGAUAUCUCAGAAGGCUGGCGAGGCAGUUGAGACGGUUAGCCGCAGAACAAAGCACAAGUUUGGAAGCAGCUCGGCAACACAGAUGGGAUCUCUUGGGUCGCAUAGGCAAAGGUCACCUACGAAAAGCUUGCACAGCGAGUUUGACAAAUGUGACUCAAUCGUGGUAUCGCCCAACUCCAAAUUUCGGGUCGGCUGGGAUUUUGCGAGCGUGACCCUCAUCAUCUUGGACGCCUUCCUCCUGCCCCUCACCAUGGCCUUCGACCUGGAUGUUUCGCCUUUCACAGCUGAAGCAAAAGGUGGUGAGGUGCUUUUACAAGUCUUGGCAAUGACAUCCUUGAUCUUUUGGCCACUUGACAUGGUCAUGUCGUUCAACACAGGCUUCUACAGGAAGGGCGCCUUGCAACUGAAGCGAAAGGACAUCUGUCUUCAUUACUUGAAGACUUGGUUCGCCUUCGAUGUUUGCGUCCUUGCCGUAGAUUACACUGCCGGAUUUGUGGGCAAUGUCUCCAAGGAGCAGGGCGACCUCUUGCGUCCGCUUCGGUCUGCACGUUACCUCCGCUUGUUGCGAACUCUCCGAAUUCUUCGAAUCUUCAAAGCCGGUAAGGUCAAUGUCAUAAUCGAAAACCUCGUGAUUUCGAUGGGAAGGCAAUGGCUGAUACUGCUCUUCACAAUUGGCCGAAUGCUGAUGGUGAUUGGCGGGGUGACGCAUGUUCUGGCCUGUGUCUUCUUCGUCGUGGGGAAGGCAGUGUCAGAAGCACGAGGCCUCCAGGCAGUUCCUGAAGCGCAAGAUCUCAAGAUGGGUAGUUGGAUCGACAUAGCGCAGAUUUCACUCUCUGACCCAAGCAUCCAGUAUGUGCAUUCCAUCGGAUGGAUCCUCUUACCACCAGCACCACCGCAACUGGACCCAGAAAGUGGAUUGGAGCACGUCGUUGCAGUGUUGGUUUUCGUGCUCACCGUGCUAGUCAUCGGAUCUGCACUGUCCAUCUUGACUGGUACGCUCCACGAGAUUCGCCAAGUGAAUAACGAGCGCAGCCGCAAAAGACGCGAGCUCCGCAUCUUCCUCCAGACCAAGGCAGUCUCGACAGAGCUGAUGAUGCGAAUCAUGAGCUAUGCCGACUACAAAAUGACUCGUCACUCCCCGAUUGGAUAUGAUACCUCCUUAAUAUCACCUGUCCUUCACGCGGAAUUGGCCACGUUCCAGCUGGGAGAUCACCUUCGCGGACAUCCCCUGUACCUCUUGACCUCGAAGAUCUUUCCGCAGGUCUUCGCAGAAUUCUGCAGAUCUCUGGACAAGACGUACUUCAGUGAGGCAGAAUCAGUCUUCAUCGAGGCAUCUCUCGCCGAGAGCAUGUACAUCACUAGCCACGGGGCCUUCUCGGUAUGCACGGAGCUGGAUAUGGCAAACAAUGUUUGCAACUUUGUCAAUGAACACCGAUACUUUGCGGAGGUGUCAAUGUACGUGGAAGCCGUCAUGCACGAUUGCACGCUGGUCGCCGAGUCCUUCGCCGAGGUCUUCAAAUUGUCAGGCCACAAGCUUGCCGACAUCCUGUCGCAUUCCCCCCCUUGCGCCACUAUGUUUGUGGAGUAUGCGACGGAGUUCGUCGGUCGCUAUUCCUCACCCGACGUGGAUGCAUCUGCCCACGAGAUCCUGCAAGCAUCCGAAGACUGUGCAAAAAAUGCCAGUGAAUGCAAUUCCUUUUAUUUGGACCUCUACAUGGAUGACAGGAAAGCCAUCCGCUACCUGAGCCUGAAGUCGUUGACCAGCAAGCCGGGACGCACUGCCAGCCCUGCCGCCUUUACCGCAAAGGUGUUGAACUCUUCGAUCGUGCCAUCGUUAGAGGAGCUCCGGGAUGCUUUUGUAGAGCUGGACGUGGAGAGUGGCCUUCAUGCGAGGUUCUCUGAGCCAAAGGAGCAAGAGCGUGCUGAAUCUGCGAUCCUAUCUUUGGUCUCCCUGGUGCGGGAUGACUACACAGCCUACAUCCUGCCCCAACGGGAGAACGGUCGCCUGACCCGGCCACAGUGGCAGCAGCUGCGGAGCAUUCUGGAAUGGGCAGGUCCGACCCAGGAGAAAUUGGAGGCUGCGAUUCUUCUUCUAGCUAUUCGUGGAAUUGGCAAGUUUAGGUCAUUGACGCGACAGUUGCCUCCAAUUCGACGCAGGCCGGAGGCAGCUGUUCGAUACAUCCUAGAAAACUAUUCCGAUGCCAUGCCGUCCUCGACGAGUUUGGAUCAGAACAUGUCGACGUUGGUGAUGGAUGCCUUGGAGUUGCAGCAGGAGUUCAACUUUGCCCAGAUGUUGCAAGGGGAAAAUGUCGCAGGCAACCUGUGCCAAUUGAAAGACUUCAUGCGCACUAAGGGAGGAGAAGACAUGUUGAAAUUCUUCGUCCUCAUCUUGCUCGGCUUCAUGUCAGGUCUGGCCGGCGGCACAGGUUCCCGUUUCAUGACCUGUCGCAACGCCGAAACCACGAUCAUGGGUUUGAACACCAUGAAGCACGUCUUGAAUGAGGACCCUGCACGGCUGUAUUGGACUUACAUCUACCAUCGAGGAUUGGGUUUGUCGCGGGCUCCGCAGCAUUCCACCGAUCUUGCAGUCAUUCGCCUGGCCUGUCUAUGCCGGAUCCAGUCGCAAAAGGAUUUCCUUGGCCUGCAGAGAUCCUGGGACGCCCUUGGCACACGUGAGCAGCAAGAGCUUUGCAAGCAUCUUCUUGCCGAUGGCAUCACAAAUUCGGCUGUCAUUUUUGAGUUCCUGCCCCUAUGCUUGGAGCGUGCCAACACGAACCCCUUUGUCACCGUGCCCUGCUUUUUGGAGGUUUUGGUGGAGUUGAUCCAAGCGGUACGAUCUUCAGAGCCUGCUCUGCAAAGUCAAAUGCUUACUGUCGACCUGGCGGACAUGGCUGCCUUCACGCUCAUGGUUCGGAACAGCUUCAUCUUUCAGACAUGCCUUUCGCGGGCCAAGCUGAACAAACAAGAUGAUCGUUUCUACUUGGAAGUUACUCAAGACAAUUGGCGUCGUGUGGGUGAACCUCACACCGACAUCAUCAUGUUGGCGACAUCCGUUCGAGAUCUUGCUCGGAGCCAAGCGAAGGACAUGAGGCAACGUCUCGGCGACGAUGGCUACUGCAGUGUUUGA